UCCCCUGGAGCAACCAGCACCAAAUAGAUAUAUAUACUCUAUCUGUUGACCUUGAGAAUUGCGAAUGAAUUUGCAUUUUCAGUCUUUAGCUCUUUCUUUUGAUUAUCUCUUCCUUAUCUCUCAAGUCUCAAUUAACAAUUAACCCAGGGUUUUGGUGCCCAUCAUUUAUAUUCUUGUUAACACGAGGAACCCCUCGGGAAAAGAAAUUAACAGGGCAAAAGCCAUGGAAAUAGUAAAGGAAGAGAGCAGCAGCUGGGUAUGCGGUGUUUCUCAUCUUGUUCCUUCUGUUCAAGAAUUAGCCAAGAAGCCCAUAACCACCCUUCCACCCAGAUAUAUACAGCAAGAUCUCGAUGAUGGUGAUGCUCGAGACCAAAAAAACAAGAUCGAUUCCGACGACGCGUGCAGUUCUGUACAACCUGAAAUACCAACCAUCAACUUCAAGAAACUGCUUUCCAGGAAAGAAUCGAACAGUUCUCAUGAUUCUGAUGAACUAGCUAGGCUCCACUUGGCUUGCAAAGAGUGGGGUUUCUUCCAGUUGGUAAACCAUGGGGUGAGCUCUUCUUUGUUGGAGAAAAUUAAGACAGAAAUUCAAGACUUCUUCAACCUCUCGGUAGAGGAGAAGAAAAGGUUAUGGCAGCAUCCAGAAGAAAUGGAGGGUUUUGGACAACUCUUUGUCGUUUCUGAAGAGCAAAAACUUGAUUGGGCUGACGUUUUCUUCCUCACCACCCUUCCUGUCCAGAUGAGGAAGCCUCACUUAUUCCCGGAGCUCCCUACUCCUUUCAAAGACACCUUGGAGAUUUACUCAUUGGAACUGAACAACCUAGCCAUGGCUAUCCUGACACAAAUGGAAAAUGCUUUAAAAAUUGAUGCCAAGGAAUUGACCGAGUUAUUUGAAGAUGGAAUGCAAUCCAUGAGGAUGAACUAUUAUCCUCCAUGUCCUCAGCCGGAGAAAGUCAUCGGCUUUACUCCACAUUCGGACGCCUCAGGCCUCACCAUCCUCCUGCAAGUCAAUGAAAUUGAAGGUCUCCAAAUCAAGAAGGACGGGAUUUGGGUUCCCGUUAAGCCACUUCCUGAUGCCUUUAUUGUUAACAUCGGAGACGCUUUGGAGAUUAAAACAAAUGGGACUUAUCGUAGCAUUGAGCAUCGAGCAAUUGUAAACUCCGAAAAAGAAAGACUCUCAAUCGCGACAUUUUGCAACCCGAGAUUUGAUGGUGAAAUUGGACCAGCCUCUAGCUUGAUCACGGAACAAACACCUGCUGCAUAUACAAGAAUCGGAGUGCAAGACUACACCAAAGCCUUUUUUGCACGUAAGCUUCAAGGAAAAUCUUUUCUUGAUGAUCUCAAAGUAUAAAUUAAGUUCUUCGGGUACCUAAUAUGUUAAGAUCAUCAAGAUGAAUAUUGUGUACUCUACUGAAUAGUCUAGAAUUAACAGUCAAAGUGUAAAUGGUCUCUCCUCUGACUCUCGCAAGAGAGGCUUUUCGAUCCGCGGCGGUUUAUUUGGUCCGGUGGCGGCUCUGUUCCUUUGACAGAGAAGGGGGUCCCUUCUCCUCUUCCUCGUCUGAUUUGCGGUGGUGACGGCGGGUUAGUUUGUCGGUAUUACCUAAACAUAGGCUUUUGCCUUUUUCUCAUUGCUGCUGUUGUUGGUUGUGUUGGCGGUGAUAGACUCGUGGCCGAUCGGAUCUUGGAUCAUAGUUGGCUGGAACGAGGGCAGGGGUCGCCUCGUCCUGCGGUGGUGGCUGGUUUAAUAACAAAGAUGUCGUGUGGGGUCAUACCCUUUGAUGGCUAUGCUGGAGAUCGAGGGGCUGGUUUAGGGCUGGAGUGACCUCAGAUUGGAAACUCUUGUGCUGACCUCCCUCUCGUCCAGAACAGACAGAUUUGGAAGAAGUGGGCUGCGUGGCCACCGGCGGCAUCUUUGGCUAGGGCUUGCUCUGGGAGCUCUGACUGGGUCUGGGCUCAGCUGGGCUUGGCCCGGGUCUGCUAGGGUUUCUCUCUUUUAGGCCUUGGCAGGGUGGGCCUGGUCUAACUGGGUUCAUAGAACUAUUAGUUAUUUAUUUUUUAAGAUAGUAUUGGGUUCAUAUCUUUUUUCAUGAAAAGAUGAUGGGCCUUAUUUUUUCUUUUUUUGAGAGAAGAGUUCGCAAAAAUCUAGUAACUCUGAGGAACAUUUUAAUCAUAUUUCGGAGUACUAGGUUUUUGUUAGAAUAAAGGUGCGUGAAUUUUCUAAAAAGUGGGUGUACUGGAGGUAUCCUGGAUCUUAUUCUUUUUUAGGAUAGGUUUUAGGGUUCUCUAAGGAACAAUUCUUUAUGUCAACCCCUCAAGGGUGUUUCGUUUUUGUAUUGCUUGCUGAAUCUAUUUAA